CAUUGGACAUAAUAUAUUUUAACCCCCCCGCCUACUCCUCUCUCUAUCUCUCUCUGUAUUCAGUUCGGAGCGAUUUGCGAUUUGCGAUGGCGAUUGUGCCGGAGAACCUGACCAGAGAGCAGUACGUGUACAUGGCGAAGCUGGCAGAGCAAGCGGAGCGCUACGAGGAGAUGGUCCAGUUCAUGGAGAAGCUCGUAGAAGGCUGCACCGUCGCAGGCGCCCGCGAGCUCACCGUCGAGGAGCGCAACCUCCUCUCCGUCGCCUACAAGAACGUCAUCGGCUCCCUCCGCGCCGCCUGGCGGAUUGUGUCCUCGAUCGAGCAGAAGGAGGAGGGCCGCAAGAACGACGACCACGUCCUCCUCGUCAAGGACUACAGAUCCAAGGUCGAAUCCGAGCUCUCCCUGGUCUGUGCCGGCAUCCUCAAGCUCUUGGACUCGCAUCUGAUUCCCUCCGCUUCCUCCAGCGAGUCCCAGGUAUUUUACUUGAAGAUGAAGGGGGAUUACCACCGCUACCUGGCGGAAUUUAAGGUUGGGGCCGAAAGGAAGGAGGCUGCUGAGGAGACCAUGCUCUCCUACAAGGCUGCCCAGGAUAUUGCUCUUGCUGAUCUCCCUCCAACUCACCCUAUUAGGUUGGGCUUAGCUCUCAACUACUCAGUUUUCUACUAUGAGAUUUUAAAUGCAUCAGAGAAAGCUUGUGGCAUGGCUAAACAGGCCUUUGAGGAAGCCAUUGCUGAGCUGGACACUUUGGGUGAGGAGUCUUACAAGGACAGUACCCUUAUCAUGCAACUGCUGAGGGACAAUCUCACCCUCUGGACUUCAGAUAUGCAAGAACAAAUAGAUGAGGCUUGAGCUGAUGGGCCAGGUGCUCCUCAAGGGAGGUGGGCUUGAAUGUCAUAAUUUGUGUGUAAUUUGCAUAUAUAGUUGAACAUAUACCUGUAGCUUGUAUUCAAACUCAACUUGGUUUCAAAUUCCGGAUAAUUUUAAGUUGCUGAUUAAUCCAA